AUUCUUCCGACGUGCAGUUCAAUUUUGUUUAGACAGACUUUUGUAUUAAACGCAGUGAAUAGUUAUAAGGCAGUUUGAGCCGCCCAUAGCCGCCGGUAUUUAGCUACAUUACAUUACCAAGCAGGUUUCUGAGUCCCCAGCCUGGAUAGUGUUCCGGUUCCGGGUGCGUCCCGUUUUCUGCCAUAUUUAGUGCUGUAUCUGCCUUCACGCGUUUGUACUGUAGUUACGGUGCCCCGGGGAAUGCUCUUCUUUUUAGUACCUCUUACUUAGGCACGGUUUUUAAGGGUAAGGUUAGCGUUUCGUUGGAGAAGUGUCCUACACCGGCAGAAAGAUGACGACAAGAUCGGAAAGGGAAAAGGCCCAGAAACUCAAUGAGCAGCACCAGGCCAUCCUGUCCAAAAUGCUGAGGGAAGAGGACAACAAAUACUGCGCCGACUGUGAGGCGAAAGGUCCGCGAUGGGCCUCCUGGAACCUGGGCGUGUUCAUCUGCAUCCGCUGCGCGGGGAUCCACCGGAACCUGGGGGUGCACAUAUCACGCGUCAAAUCCGUCAACCUGGACCAGUGGACCGCCGAGCAGAUCCAGAGCAUUCAGGACAUGGGCAACACCAGGGCCAGGCAGAUGUACGAAGCCAGCCUCCCCGACAGCUUCAGACGACCUCAGACGGACCAGGCCGUGGAGUUCUUCAUCAGGGACAAGUACGAGAGGAAGAAGUACCACGACAAGAACGCCGCCAGCGUCCCCAGCAGGUCCUCUGAUGCUGCCGUUUCCUCUCCCUCCUCACAAGUGGCUGAGAGAAGCAAGCUGGAGAAGGAGAAAGAGAAGAGGGAGGAUAAGAGACGAGAGAAGGAACCGGACAAAGGGAGCAAACCGCCGUCCUAUGAGAAACCUCAGAAGAGGGAGGAGCCGCAGCCAGAACCCAAAGCCAGCCCCGCGAAGAGCGCAGAGCCAGCCAUCGACCUGCUCGGCCUGGACACCCCGGCGGUCUCUGCUGCCAACGGCUCCUCCGCCACGGCGACUCUCAGCGACGACCUCGACAUCUUCGGGCCCAUGGUGUCCAACCCCCUCCCCUCCACCAACACACAGUUCUCUCAGGCCAGCUCCAGUGAUGCUGCAGGUGUCCCGGCGACCGCAGGAACAGGAAGUUCCGCCCCCGCCCAGGGAGAUCUGGACCUCUUCAGCGAAAGCAGCUCCAAAGCAGACGACUCGGCCAAGAAGCUGCUGUCCAAGGACUCCAUCCUGUCCCUGUACAGCACCAGCAGCAUGGGCCAGCAGCCUGCGCAGGCUGCCAUGUUCAUGGGACCAUCCCCAAUGCAGUUCCCCCCCCAGCCCCCCCCCUCCACCUACCAGGGCUUCCCCGGGAUGGGCGGAGCCAUGCCCCCCACCACCAUGAUGGGGGCGGUGCUGGGGCAGGGCGCGGCCAUGAUGGGGCAGAACGCGGGCAUGAUGGUCGGCAUGACGAUGCCCAACGGCUUCAUGGGAAACGCGCCGGCCGGGGUGAUGGGGCUGGCGCCCGGGGUGAUGGGGCCGCAGGCGGGGGGCAUGGUGCCCCCCCCCCAGAACAUGUACGCCAUGCAGCCGGGCCAGCAGGGGCAGUGGAACAUCGGUCAGGUGAACCAGCAGAUGUCCGGGCUGGCCCUGAACGGGGCGGGGGGGGCCGUGGGUUUCGGGCAGCCGGGCACCGCCAUGGGGGGCUGGGCGCCCCCCCCCUCGGGACAGACCCUCAGCACGCAGCUGUGGAAGUGAGCUCCGGAGGGACGGGUGCGUGGGGGGGGGGCGGGGCAGUGGGGGGAGGGGCCCCCCCUUGUUUCCAGCCCCUCUGUCACUGCCCACACCUAGCCCCCCCCCCCGCCCCCCCAGCCUGAGUUUUACCCGAAAUACUGACUCUCAGUUCCCCUCUUAUCCCACCAUUAUUACUCUGAAGAGCCCCUGCUCUGGCCGGUCGGUGCGUGUCGAGUGACCGAGGUGUGCAGUUAAAGCAGACCGGCACUGUCGUCCAUCUUAUUUUAAACUUCAAAAAAGAAAGAAAAAACAACAAACAAACAAAAAAAAAAUACUUUUUUUUUUUUCCUUUUCUUUUUUUUCUUUUUCUUUUUUUUUUAGUUUUUUUUUUUUAAAAGCAUAUCAGCAAAGAUGCUGCUGGACCAAUUAUAAAAAAACCGUCUAAUAUAUCAUUACCAAAUCAAUAGUGAAUAAUAGUAUUUAAAUGGAUGAGCGAUGGCUAUCAUGUCCAUGAAUUUCCACCCCUGUGUGUACCUCCCAGACCCCCGCCGGCGCCCCCAUUCCCCCCCCCACCCCCCACCCCUAUCCCCGAUCCCCGGCGGCGGCGUAUGAGAACAUGUCCUGAAUGUUUCCCUCGGUAGAGAUAUCCGAAAACACCCCGUCUCCCUCCGCUUGGUCCCCGCCGGCCAUCUCCUGGGUCCGUACCGUUACUUCCUCUUCCUGUGGACUGACUGUGCUCGUCCCAGAGCAGCGAGGGGGGGCGGGGUGCGGGGGGGGGCGGGGUGCGGGGGGGGGACCCUGGACGGGACACGCCGGGCCUUUUCGGCUACGGCAGGCGGCCGCUCUGGCAGGGCGGGAACGGGAACGUCCGGGAAGGAGCGAACGGAGCGUCCCCAAAACGAGCGUUUCAGGAGUUUUCCGCGAAACGCAGAACAGGGUCUCCCCGCCCCGCCCCUAAAGAAGGCCACUCAGAUCUCAUCUUCCAGGUUUUAUUUCUGUAACGUGUUUACAUUUCUGGUGCCUAGUACAGAGGAAAACAUGUCAUUUCUGUGCAUUAAAACAGUGAAUAGCCAUGAAA